CAACAGCAGUGCCGAAUCCUUAGACCGGCUGUACCCUGCGGUGGGCUCCACCAAGCCACCCCGAAAGCGGACCACGAGCCAGUGCAAGUCUGAGCCACCCCUGCUGCGGACCAGCAAGAGGACCAUCUACACAGCUGGCCGGCCCCCGUGGUACAAUGAGCACGGGACGCAGUCCAAAGAGGCCUUCGUGAUAGGCCUGGGCGGAGGCAGCGCCUCUGGGAAGACCACAGUGGCCACCAUGAUCAUCGAGGCUCUUGAUGUCCCUUGGGUGGUUCUGCUGUCCAUGGACUCCUUCUACAAGGUGUUGACCAAGCAGCAGCAGGAGCAGGCAGCCAGCAAUGACUUCAACUUCGACCACCCCGAUGCCUUUGACUUUGACCUCAUCAUCGCCACCCUGAAGAAGCUGAAGCAAGGCAAGAGUGUGAAGAUCCCCAUCUAUGAUUUCACCACCCACAGCCGGAAGAAGGAAUGGAAAACCCUGUAUGGUGCCAAUGUGAUUAUCUUUGAAGGCAUCAUGGCAUUUGCGGACAAGGAGCUCCUGAAGCUCCUUGAUCUGAAGAUAUUUGUGGACACGGACUCAGACAUCCGCUUGGUGCGUCGCCUGCGCAGGGACAUCAGCGAGCGUGGCCGGGACAUCGAGGGUGUCAUCAAGCAGUACAAUAAGUUCGUCAAGCCCGCCUUCGACCAGUACAUCCAGCCCACCAUGCGCCUGGCCGACAUCGUUGUGCCCCGAGGGAGCGGAAACACAGUGGCUAUCGACCUGAUCGUUCAGCAUGUCCACAGCCAGCUGGAAGAGCGUGAACUCAGUGUCAGGGCCGCCCUGGCCUCUGCCCACCAGUGCCACCCCCUUCCUCAGACCCUCAGUGUGCUGAAGAGCACCCCUCAGGUGAGGGGCAUGCACACCAUCAUCAGAAACAAGGAGACCAGCAGGGACGAGUUCAUUUUCUACUCCAAGAGGCUGAUGCGGUUGCUGAUUGAGCACGCGCUCUCCUUGCUCCCGUUCCAGAGUUGCACAGUCCAGACCCCUCAGGGACAGGACUACGAAGGGAGGACGUACAGCGGGAAGCAAAUCACUGGGGUGUCUAUCCUGCGAGCGGGCGAGACCAUGGAGCCAGCGCUGCGAGCAGUGUGCAAGGACGUCCGCAUCGGGACCAUCCUCAUCCAGACCAACUGCAACACGGGCGAGCCGGAGCUCCACUAUCUGCGGCUGCCGAAGGACAUCAGUGAAGACCACGUCAUCCUCAUGGACUGCACGGUCUCCACGGGCGCAGCAGCCAUGAUGGCAGUGCGGGUGCUGCUGGAUCAUGAUGUCCCAGAAGACAAGAUCUUCCUCCUCUCCCUGCUUAUGGCGGAGAUGGGUGUCCACUCAGUCGCCUACGCUUUCCCCCGAGUGAAGAUCAUCACCACAGCUGUGGACAAGAAGGUGAACGACCUUUUCCGGAUAAUCCCCGGCAUCGGGAACUUUGGCGAUCGGUACUUCGGGACGGACGCUCCUCCCGACUGGAGCGACGAUGAAGAUGCUCUUAGCACUUAGCUGGAUGUGGAGAUGCCACUGGCGACAGGCAGCUUCAGCACCUUAACCCCUCUGUCCAUUGCAGAUUUCUCCUUCUUCCUCACCAUGCAUAGAUAUUUUUUUCAAAUCUUACAUUGGAAAUCUAGGGCAUAUUUUUUCAAAGAAACACAAAUCCUAGUUUGACUUUGUGGACAGUUGCGUGUCCCAGCAUAGAGCGGAGUUAAUUUAUUUUAAUUUAAAUAUUUGCCUAUAUAACUUAUGAAGAUAUUUUGUAAAGAAAAAUAAUAAAUUUUUUCUCUGGUUUUCUUGAA